AUUGUUAGACAAUCAUAUAAAACUCUUUGAUUUUGUUGACUAAUGCUUAGACUAUAGUAAUUCAGGAGGUAGCCGUCUGGAAAAGUAUAUCUAUGGUACUGGAAUUGUAAUUGUAAUCUUUAAUGUUUGCACUCACAUUUGUGAAAUGUUCAGCAAAGUCCAGAUUUGGUUGAGUCUGGGACUGAUCGUGGUGCAGACUUUUCAGGCUGUUAGCUUCCUUGGAUCAAGUUUUAAAUUUCUCAGCGAUAUGGAUAACAUCAGAUUCGACCAGUUUAUUAUACGUUCAUUAACAACAAGGAGUCCUCUAGACUGUUCUAGGAAGUGCGAGAUUCAUGGCACAUGUCUCUCCUUUCAAUACUCCCAUAUGAGUGGUCAAUGUCGACUUUUCAAUACCAUUUUUCUACAUCAGGAUGCUGGAGUGCACGACAUUGGAUGGCAGUAUUAUAUCGCAUCUAAUAGGGGCUGCAGAGACCCGUUUAUAGAUGGUCGAGACCUGGAUAUAUGUUUUAUGUUUGCUGGUUUCAAUAACUUGACAGAGGGAAUGAAGGAAUGCGCGGCAAUCCAGUCAAAUGUCAUCUCUAUUACAUCAACCGAGGAAAACGAUUUUCUGACCAGAUUAACUGGAACUCUGUCCAAUGUCUCUCCUCUAAAUGUCAGUUACAAGCGGCCAUUUAUUCAAGGAUUUUGGAAUGGAACUGCCUGGAUCUUGGAAAAUGGGACUCCGUUGGUCUAUACAAACUGGGCCAAAGGUCAUCCACAGAUAGAUGACGAAAAACGAUACAUAAGAUCGAUCAAGGGGAAAUGGCAAUCAACAAAGUCCUCAGCCAUCAGAUCUAUUUUUUGUAGUUAUAAACCAUAGACCUUUUUUUGUUCAUAAUACGUGCAUGAUGAUACAAUGCCAUUAGCACCAUUCAAGGAUGUUUUAGUUGUUUUACUUUUAUGAACCAAUGUAGCUUUUGAAAUAUAAGAAAUCUCCUAAUAGCCU